GCAUGACCGUCUCCUCUUUCAACACAGUAACCCUACACCCAACCCCAAUCAUCUCCUUCAACGUGCGCCGCCCCUCCGAGACCCUCACCGCCCUCCAAUCCUCCGGCCGCUUCCUCGUGCACCUCCUCGCCCCGCAUGCGCGCACCGCCGCCCUCGCCCGGGACUUCUCGCGCGGCAACCGUCGCCUAGGGAUUUCUUGGGGUGCCGACGGGACCACCACUGCCACCGAGGGCGGAGGCGAGGACGGGUCGGGGACAGCCGGGUAUGAAUUCGCGGCUCUGCCGCCUCUAGCGCUGGAAAGCGAGGGGCACACCAACACCAAACCCGAAUACGUACAGCCCCCUCCUCUUCCGUUAUUACGGCGCAGGAAUCACCCAUCUACCGGAAGUGCACACCCGAGAAAGGAGGAGGUGGACGAUUUUCCCUUUGUGUUCGAGUGUCGGUUGCUGCCGCAGUCGAUUCAGGUGCAGGAUCACACGAUUGUGGUGGCGAGGGUGGUGCGGGCGAUUACACCACAGAAAGAUGCGACGACGAUAGACCACCGUGUCCAGCAAGACGCGAAGGAUCUAUGUUUGACGUAUGCGGAUACGCGGUUUUGGGAAAUGGGGAGGGAGAUUUGAAGACAUAUCCUUUCGUGGUGUAUUGGUUGGGACAUGGAUUUGUAUGUCAGGCUUGUUGGAUAUAGGGCUUGCGAUCGUGGGGUUUGGGACUAGUCGGGUUGUGUGUGGAGUUGGAAUAGAGUGGCAGUGGGAGUAGGAGUGUACUGUACUUAUCUAUACCCUUGUUGAUU